CAGGAGAGCGUCGCCGAGCUUUCCUGCUGAUCAUCUGAUAGCCCAGAGCGAGAAUGUAUCUUCACUGACUGGCUUUGGACUGAAAUUUACUCUCAACCACUUAACCAUGCAAAGUGAUGUUAAUACUACUGAGAAGCUUCACUAUGGCUUUCCACACAAACGCAGAAGAGUUGCCUCCAUGAUGUCUGACAACACAGUGGAGAUUCAAGAACAAGAAUAUGAAGAUACCAGUGUUGAGUUUGGGUAUGAUGCAGAAUAUGAGUGUGCAAGUGUCAAGUCAGAUAUAUCUUAUUCCGGAGAUCACCAGCCUUCACUCACAGAUGUACUCUACUACUGCCAGGCAAUGUAUGACAUAGUUCAGAAACUAGACAAGAAGAUGGAUCUUCUCCAGAGGAAAGUCUCUGAGCUGCACCAUGCUCAGAUGAAAUCACACUUAAAACCCAGACCGAUCAACCUUUCCCAGAGAGGUCCUCAUGCCAUACCUCAAGCAAAACUGAGACUACAAAAGCUAAACCAAAGCUUUCUCUCCUCGAAAUUUGCACAGCGUCCACCAAGCAUUCCAAACAAUAAAGGACAGAUGGAAGAUGAAAACAGGCAGCUCCCAGGCAGCCCAGCCUUUAAAUCUGUCCAUUCAGUAGCAGUUCCAAGAGAACCUCAACAGACUCAAAGGUUAAGCCCACCUCUACCAACUAUUGUGUCAACCCGCUCGUUGCAUCCGGUCAUUAGUGUAACAACGAAUGAACACAGAGACAUAAAGAUUGAAAGCUUACCUGAAAGCACUUGUGCUUCACCGCCAAUCAUUACUACUCCUCCGGCUACAUCAUCUGUGUGUUCCAAAGCAGCAAAAGAAAAUAUUUAUGAAACUGAGCCUGUCUUGGUGCCCCAUGUAAAUCUGCAGAGAAAUAUUAUCUCAAAUGAGGAAUUACCUUCAUCUUCAGUUCAGCUUGUCCCAAUUUAUGAAUUUCUUGGGGACCCAAGUAGAAAUAUCAAAGUCCCUGGAAGCUUUUUGGUGAAAGCCAGACAGAAAACACAGCCCAAGUAUGCAGCCCGUUACUUGGUUCGUGCCCUGUUCCCUAAGGACAUAUUACUGAGCAGUGCUACAGGAGGCAAGGUGCAAGGACUUGAUGUAAACAAAGUUUCAGCAAUAAGAGAGUUCUUGGCAUCUAUAUUCCCUGAAUGUGAUCUUAGUGAAUACGGAAAGGACUGGAAAACCUGUACUACAAAUGUUAACGCCAUGAUUCGUUGUUUACAUUUAGAAACCAAAAAAAAUGCUGUAAAUAUGUUCCCUAAUCAAGCUGUAUCCCAAGCACCAGAAGAUUCCAUUUGUCUCGAUUCUGAUGAUGCAGUUGAGGAGGAUCAUGAGGCUGUCACUGAAAAUAAUAAAAAGGAUGCACAAAAUCCCAGCUUUUUACAAGCAAAUAUAUUGAACAAACAGAAGGAUAACCGGUUUCCAGGACCUCCAGGCAUUGGCACACCAGUGAAACAUCAUUCUUCUGAUCCUAUAGAGUGUUUCGGUGAACCUUGGAGGAAUGUGCAGUUACCAUUCUCAGUGAUCUAUAUAGGCAAAGGGAAGCCUCGCCCAGAACUGUCUGCUAGAUAUUUAAUCAGGCAUCUAUUCCCAGAGGAUGUACUAGUGAAAAGCAAUGUAUAUGGGAACCUAGAGCGUGGCGUUUUGCCUUUAGACUCCAACAGGAUCGGUGCUUUAAGAGAUUUCCUACAGAUGAAUUACCCAACGUUUGAUCUGAAGGAGUGUGGCCAUGACUGGAAAGCUUGUGUGGCAGCAAUUAACAGUACCAUUCGCAGCCUACGCCAUGAUCAGAAAAAAGCAACAUUUCAUACUCGGAAAAUUACCUCCCUUGGUAGCUGAAAACCCUAGGCACAGUUGCUGUGAAAGCCAUUAAUGCCACCACUUUCUUAUUUUGCUGACUUUCCAUAGAUUGGUUACUUGUCUGUGCCAGGAUGUGCCUUUGUCUACUGAAGAAACUUUUCUACUGAAGCAAUUUGAUUGACUACUCUGGAGUACAGUCCAGUACAGAACUGCUAAACCAUAUGUUUCAUUGUCUCAAAAGCCUUGCAAUGGUUAUCAUCUC